GUUAUAUAAUUGUCCUAUUCCGGGGAAAUAGCGGGCUAGUAACAUCCGCAAUUUCAGAGCAACUGGAAAAUUGGAAUAAUUUAAAGCAAGUUUUGAUAUAAAAUUCGAACCCAGUAAAUCUGCAAAGAUGGGUUUCGGAGAUUAUCCUAAAGAAUACAGUUAUGAACUCCAUGGAUCUUACGAUCCAGCGAAAUAUUAUGGCCCAAAGGAUACUCCUUUUGGACAAGUGAAACUUGGUGAACUCGGAGCAUGGUUUGGUCGUCGCCAGAAGACUCCACAAGCAGUUGCUAGUGCUAUUUCAAGAGCUUGGUGGCGUUAUCAGCAUAAGUAUAUAUUUCCAAAACGUACUACUGUUGCCCCAUUUUUUCAAAUAACUUUUGCUGGAAUGGCAUUCUUCUACUGGCUAAAUUAUGAUCGCAUCAAGCACCACAAAAAUUACAAGUACCAUUAAUCAAAAUCCUAGGUAGACUUAAUUAUAUUCUCUCCAGGUAAAAAAUUUUGUUUAAUAAUGUAAUUUGAAAAAACUUGAAUGGAAUAAAGUGUUACAUAGUACAUA